UGUAAACUCAAAAUGACUAGCGUAAUGUCUCUGCCUUUCUUACCGGAAGUGGGGGAGCCAAGGAAUGCAGUUAGCUCACGACCUCACGAUUCCGAAACUUCGAACUUACUCAGUUUUGUGGACAUGGCGUCUAGCAACAUCAAACUUGCUUUGGACAAACCUUCCCGGUCAAAAAGAAAAGUGAACCACAGAAAAUAUUUACAAAAGCAGCUAAAGCGGUGCGGAAACUCAUCUACUUCUCACUCAGAGGGCAGGCAAGUCGACAUACAGGGCGCAUUGUGUAAUGGAGGCCAAACGAAAUGCUCGCGAAAGGAAACAACGCAAAUAGGACUACAGAUCAAGUCCCUCCAGGCAUUGUUUGACCCUAAAACAUUACACGAAAAGUGUUGUACCGACCAAACGACAAAACCUACUUCAACUACUAAAGUUCCGCUACGAAAACGCAACUUGCCUCCAUCAUUUUUUAUUGAACCCGCGUCUAGUUUAGAGGGAAUAGAUCCUGACCAAGUCUUACAGGCCACAGAGAACACACAUACAGACUUACAGUUAUGCUCAGACGUGACAAAUCAUGAAUUUCCGGCUGACACGCUGGAUUCAAUACUCGGACAAACCGAGCUACAGGAACUCCUCGCCGGACCAUGGACUGACUCCAUUCGGGACAAUUUCUCCAUGCCUCGUUGUGACCACAGCCUCGAUAACUGUAGUCCUCGUUCAUUCUCUGACAGCUCCGACGGUAUGUCCAGUAGUGCGUCAGUGUCACCGGGAAUUCCCGGCCAGAGUUCAGAUUGGAUCGCAAACUUUCUUUCACAACAAACUGGAAACUUUCAAAACUCAUCAAUGUUUGCAGACGGAUAUACAUCCGCUCAAAAUCCGUUAAUUCCUAUUGGUGAUAGCAGAAUAGGGGAUGUAACGGACAGCCAGUCCCUUGAGGACAGACUCUUUAUCGAACAGACAUUCCCAGGACAGACAUUUUCUGGUAGCAACGGGACUCCAUGUGACACGACUCCUUUACCAACAUUUCCUCAGGCGUUUUGUAGUAGUGCUUCACUUCAGGAAAACUUCCAGAACGUCUACCCAUGGUCAGAUGCACAGAUCCAACCAUGUUACACAUACUUAUGA